AUGAGGAAGGGAGCUUCUGUGUGGUUUGACACGGAUGUAAGAAGAGGUUCCACAGAGGAACACAAGAGUGGCUACCAGUGCACAUAUGGUUGGCAAAAGCAAGAGGAAGGGAGCUUCGUGCAUUGGGUUCCACCAGGACUCACAAGUGAAGUAGGUAUUCCAAUAAACAAGGGGAAAAUCUACAUCUCCAAUACUAGCCCCCCUACCUUCAGCAAAGCUUACCUGGAACAAUUUGAACAGGAUUUUACUUUGUUCAUCAAGUUGAGAUCAAAAGAGUUGAUCCCUAAUGCUCGUAUGGUCUUGAUACUUCAUGGUAGACAAGGAGGCGACCCCUCCUUAGCUACCUGUGAUUAUUGGGAACUAUUAUCAGAGGCCCUCAUAGCUAUGGUUGCAGAGGGACUAAUUGAGGAAGAGAAGUUAGAUUCUUUUAAUGUGCCAUAUUACACGGCAUCAUGCGAGGAAAUUCAAGAAAGAUCGGUGAUAUCAAUUGCAAAACCUAUCCUAGAGAAGGCCAUUGAAGAUCUCGUCAAUGAGGGCCUUCCCUCUAAUGUCUUAACCAUUGCGGACUUGGGUUGCGCCUUCGGUCCUAAUACGUUCACAGUGAUCACAACGAUCAAACGAAAAGUAGAGAAAAGGUGCAACGAAUUAGGUGUAAAGCAGCCAGAGCUUCAAGUUUUCUUAAAUGAUCUUCCUGGAAAUGAUUUCAACUCAACGUUCAAGUUCUUUUUUGAAAAUUAUCAACAACUUGAAGGAGAAAGGAUCGGCGAAGAUGGUAAGAAGUGUUUCAUUGCAGGUGCUCCUGGCUCCUUCUACGAGAGACUGUUCCCCAAAAAUACCUUACACCUUGUCCAUUCUUGCUAUAGUGCGCACUGGCUCUCUCGGGUUCCACCAGGGCUCACAAGUGAAGUAGGUAUUCCAAUAAACAAGGGGAAAAUCUACAUCUCCAAUACUAGCCCCCCUACCGUCGGCAAAGCUUACCUGGAACAAUUUCAAGAGGAUUUUACUUCGUUCGUCAAGUUGAGAUCAAAAGAGUUGAUCCCCAACGCUCGUAUGGUCUUGAUACUUCAUGGUAGACAAGGCGGCGACCCCUCCUCAGCUACCUGUGAUUAUUGGGAACUAUUAUCAGAGGCCCUCAUAGCUAUGGUUUCAGAGGGACUAAUUGAGGAAGAGAAGUUGGAUUCUUUUAAUGUGCCAUAUUACACGGCAUCAUGCGAGGAAAUUCAAGAAGUAAUAGACAAGGAGGGCUCCUUCGACACAAAACAAUUGGUAACAUUUGCUCUAGAUAUUGGGGACAAGGAAGAGACAAACAUGUAG